UUCCGCCCUCCCCUCGCCAGAACGCUACUAGCCACACUCUCUCUUGAGGCCGCCAGACAUGUACGAGUACGACCCUGGAGGCAGCUCCUCGUCCCGGCCGCACGGCAAGGAGGAGCUGAAGCCGGAAGAGGUUCUCUACACGGCGUCCGCGUCCGCCGACCUCUACUCCUUGCACGCCCUGCUGCGGGGUUACGGCCUGGCCAUGGACGAGCGCCAUGUGUCCAGGAGCAACAAAGCGCACCACGGCGAGCUCAAGUGGUUGCUUGCGGCUCGGGCCUUCGUCUUCUCCCUCCCGCAGCUCCUCGUGGGCGGCCCUAAAGAUGCUAGGCAGCUGCACCGGGCCGGCGGGCUGCGGCCUCUCCUCGACGGCACCCCAAGGCCGUACGCCGCCUUGGUCUGCCAAGCCUGUAAGAGGGUCGGCUCCGAGCCCUGCCCAAAGUGCAGCGAGUCCCGCAACAAGAUUCUGGAUCACGGCGUUAUUGCCGACGAGCAGGACAAGGUUGUCCUUUUUUAUCCAACCCAAGACCACAUGCAGUCUGAAAUGAGUGAACACCCACAAUUGAAGCUGAGGUUCAUGAGUGGAAUGGCUUGGCUAAGAUUUGAGGCGGAUGCAAUGACUAAUCUCUUGAAGCUCACGCUCGUUUUUGAUGCCAUCCCCCAAAUGGACCAACGGCUUGAACUUUUUUCGGAGUCUGAGCAGUGGAAACAAUAUCUACAUGGUACUGCAUUAAUCAGCAUCGAGCAUAUGACAGACCUUAGAGAGGUCUCCGCAAAAUUUGGGGCUGCAGCUGCUGAUCUAGAGUAUGUCUCCAGUAAUCAUCCUAUAAUUGACGUGCAACUGGUGGAUUCUGGUUCCCAUGGUGAUAAAAGGAUAUCAGUAAGGUCACCGGAGUCCACUUCCUGCCCGUUGCAUGUUCCAGGAGCAGGAGCUGGUGGAGAGGUCUCAUGGGGCAAUAUCAUUGGUGUGAUAGGUCAUGACCUCUUAAUCCAUUGCAUCCACCGCCUCUCCAGGUGGGAAUAUGGCGCCAUCGCCUCCCUCAACCGUGAUUUCAAUUCGGUGGUUCGCAGCGGAGACAUCUACCGCCUGCGUCGCAAGAAUGGGGUCACAGAGCACUGGCUCUACCUCUCCUGCAAUAAUAAUCCCCACAAGUGGAAGGCUUAUGACCCGUCCACUGGGCGCUGGAUCCAAGUGCCCAAGAUGCCACCGACUCAAAGCUCCUACUGGGAUUCGCUUGCUGUAGGAACCGAGCUGCUGGUGUUUGGGGGCUACGGAAGGGUUGCCUUGAGAUAUAGCAUCCUUACCAAUUCAUGGACAUGGCUGGCUGAUGUGAUGAACAACCCGCGGUACUGGUUUGGGUCAGCAAGUGUCGGUGAAAAGGCGUAUGUCGCGGGAGGCAAGGAUUCUUCUUCUGGUAAUGUAUUAAGCUCUGCAGAGAUGUAUGACUCCGAGAAACAUACUUGGACACCCCUUCCAAGCAUGAAUAGGGCUAGGUACGGAUGCUCUGGUGCGUUCAUGGAUGGAAAGUUCUAUGUGAUCGGUGGUGUUAGCAGUAGGCACGAGGUAUUGACAUGCGGUGAGGAGUAUGACUUGAACCGGCGGUCAUGGAGGGUCAUCGACAACAUGUCUCAGGGCCUCAACGAGACAAUCAUGGGGGCUCCUCUGCUACUUGCAGUUGUAAACAGUGAGCUUUAUGCUGCUGAUUACAGAGAGAAUAAUGAUUUGAAGCAGUAUGAUAAGCUGGACAACAAGUGGAUCACUCUUGGCAAAUUGCCUGUACGGUCUAAGUACAAAGAUGGCUGGGACAUGGGUUUCCGAGAAUGUGGUGACCGGCUGAUUGUUAUUGGGCCUCCAAACAAUUCUACUGAUGAAAAGGUGGUGGAGCUUCAUUCAUGGAUCCCGGAUGAGGAACCGCCUGUAUGGAAUUUGGUUGCAACUCAGCAAUUUACCAGUGAGGGGCCGUUUUUGUACUGCGCUGUGAUGGGUUGCUGAGUCAGUCCACUGAAGAACGACUCGAUGCAUGCAUAAUUACCAUGUGCUGCCAGCUGGGCGAGCCUCAUUCUCAAGUUUGAAUUUCCUGGGAGCAUCAGUGCUACAAAAAUGGAAGACAUAAAUGAAUUUCAGGGGGAAGGGCCUAAACAAGCAUCCGGACAUUUUAGUUCCUAGCUAUUAAUUAUUGUUGCAAUUUGGAUUCCAAAAAUGUUUCGACUCUUUCCACGGCAUUCUUAUGAUCUUCAUUUUCAUCACCAACUUUAAAUGUACUUUAUCUGUACCGUAGCACGUUACUGUGGGUUACGUUUGAACAUCAAGUUGAGUCUCUAGCUUGCCCUUUUC